AUGGGUCUCUUUCCUGUUUCAUUUGGCUAUACCUAUAUUUUGUUAGCAGUGGACUAUGUCUCCAAGUGGGUGGAGGCAAAGGCCAAUCGUACUGAUGAUGCUCGUGUUGUUAUAGAUUUUAUGAAGUCACAUAUUUUUUACAGGUUUGGAUUUCCCAGAGCAUUAAUUGGUGAGCAGGGAUCACACUUUUGCAAUCACACAAUGGCUGCCUUACUUCGAAAGUUUGGGAGUAUGCAUAAAGUUUCCACACCAUACCAUCCUCAGACUAACAAACAAGCGGAGUUCUCCAAUCAGAAAAUAAAGCAAAUUCUGGAGAAGACUAAAGCUCCUUAUCGGGUUAUUUUUGGAAAGGCAUGUCAUUUACCAGUAGAAGUGGAGCAUAAGGCAUUCUUGACGAUCAAACAAUGUAAUUUGGAUGUAGGGGCAGUUGGCUCACAUAGGAAGCUUCAAUUACAAGAGUUGGAAGAGAUUUGUAGAGAAGCAUAUGAGAACUCUAAUAUCUACAAAGAGUGCACCAAGGCUUUUUAUGAUAAGUUAAUAGGGCAUAAAAAGUUCCACAUUGGUAAGUUGAGAUCUAGGUGGGAUGGACCCUUUCUUGUUAUUAAUGUUUUUCCUUAUGGUGUUGUUGAACUUCAAGAUAUGGGAUCGCAAAGGAGCUUCAAGGUUAAUGGGCAUUGGCUCAAGGUUUUUCAUGAGGACUUGGGGGAACAUGAAUAA